AUGCAUGAAUCGGAGGAACUACGAGACAAUCUGACGGUGAGCGUGAUGAGCUUCGUGCCCACGCUGGACGACGAUGGAAAGCCGAUCACCUGCAGAGCGGAGAACCCCAACGUGACCACACUGUUUAUGGAAACGUCGUGGACAAUUAGUGUAGUUUAUCCACCGGUAGUGAAGCUGCGGUUAGGCAGCUCACUGGCGGCGGGAGAUAUCAAGGAGGGUGACGAUGUUUACUUCGAGUGCCACGUGCGAGCCAACCCGCCCGCCAGGAAGCUCUCUGGCUUCGUGGACCGGCCGCUGGCCCACAACGUGACGUCCCGGGUGUUGCACAGCAACCAGAGCCUGGUACUGCAGAAGGUGACGAGGCACAGCAGCGGACGGUACGCGUGCUCCGCACUCAAUGCUGAGGGCGAGACCGUUUCCAACGAGCUGCACUUUAGGGUCAAAUACUCGCCGUCGUGCCGCAGCGGUGGUGUGGCAGUGGUGGGCGCGGCGCGCGGCGAGUCGGUGGUGAUCGUGUGCGAGGUGGACGCCGACCCCCCCGCGGCCGUCUUCAAGUGGAAGUUCAACAACUCCGGAGAGACUAUAGACGUCGCUGCUGACCGGUACACCUCCAACGGCAGCGCCUCCAGCCUCAAGUACACUCCAGUAGCAGACCUGGACUACGGCACGCUGUCGUGCUCCGCUUCCAAUGAAGUUGGCACCCAACUGGCGCCUUGUGUCUUCCAGAUGGUGGCUGCAGGUAAACCUCAUGCGCCACGAAACUGCACGCUAUGGAACCAGACAGCAGAGUCUGUCGAAGUCUGGUGCGUGGCGGGGUUCGACGGCGGCCUGCCGCAGACCUUCCUCCUCGAGGUGUACACCGAUGACAGCCCUACGCCCAGGGCUCGGCUGCCGUCGUCGGAGCCGUCGUGGACGGUGCGCGGUCUGGAGUGGGAGGUUCGAUUCCGGCUGGCGGCCGUCGCGCUCAACUCCAAGGGCCGCUCGCCGCCUGCCAGACUCGCGGAUCUGCUCUUCCGGGACCCCGAGAAGAGAACCGCGCGGGAGGCGGCUCUGGGCGUGGGCGGGGUGGUGGGCGCGGCGGGGGCGGGCGCGGGCGCGGCGUGCGCGCUGGUGGCGGCCGCGUGCGCCGCGUCGCUGCGCCGCCGCCGCCGACCCCCCGCCGCCAAGCCGCCGCCGCAGCACCAGCCGCCGCCGCGCGCCAAGCUGCCCGACCUCGACGACGCCGAGCCCGACCUCAUACCCAACCAUUACUGUGAAGCGACUAGCGCGCCCAGUUUAUCAGUAUCAUCGCCCGGGCGGACCGCGCCCGCGCCGCUCACCACACCGGCAUGCAACGGCCCCGGCGCGUCGUGGACGUGGGGUGCGGGCAGUGCGGGGCUCGCGGGGGUCACGUCGGGGGGCGCGGGGGUGUCGGCGGGGGGCGCGGCGCUGGGCCGCAGUGCGUCCGCCACGCUGCGCGCCCCCGCCGCCGCCGACCUCAACGUGGACGCCAUCAAGGAGAAGCUCCUCGACCAUCGGAUCCCCGAGUCCUGCGUGUAGAUUCCUCCCUAGUCCUAAGGGCCGUCACGCUUGUCGCCCGUCGCCGCCCGAACCCGCAACGUGCAGCCUUGAAACGAGUAUCACAGUUUUAUUUUUUUAAGGAAUCCUGAAAACUUAGACGAGGAUGCGAUUCGAGGCACGCUCGAGAUAGAAUGAGACGGCAGUAUUCUGCAUCUCGUCUUCUCAUACAAGCGAUGAGGAUCAUCCACGUUAUCGAUAAGAUUCUGUACUGUCUAAUUAACGAAGGAACUUUAAAGUACCGAGGAGUUUAUUGAUUCCACUGAUGUAUCUGAAUCAAUAUUAAUUAUAUGAUAUAUAUAAUACGAGACUCCAUCAGCGAUCCGGUCUAAGGAAAAGCAGAAACUGUAGGCAGAUCACGUGAGGGUCAGGCCGUGCGCGCGGCGCCAUUACUUCAUUGUACAUUUCUGAUGAAAUUGUCCUAUGUAAAUGUUGUAGUUAGGUAGAAAGUUUCCAGUGCGUCGUCCGUCACACGGAGCCGCACUACUCCAAUGAUUAUUUCACAUGCGCAGGGAAUAUUCCAUUCCGUUAUCAGAUAUCAGAACAAUGCUACAUAUCGUCCAGCCUACACGUGCGCACCCCAACCUUUUUUUAAUUAGUGUAAUUGCAGCGACCUACUACAAUAUCAAAACUACACGACAAUAAUUUGUGAAGUAACAAUACAAUACAAUGUUAAUCAGCCGACGUCGGAUAUUCUUUGUGCAUGCCACUAAAAUUAAACUUCAUCUGUAAUUUUGUUUUAAACAAAUUCUGUGAUGUACAUAGUAGCGUGUAAGCGUAUGAGUCUUUGCCACUUUUUUACAUGUCUACGAAGCUCUAGUUAACAAUUUACAAGUUAAUGAUUAAAUCAAUAGUUCAAUGGAUUUAUCGUUAUCUGUAUAAAUCGAAUAAAUUUAUGUAAAUAAUGUUUGUACUUGAUUUUUAAGAUUUAAAAUCGGCUUAAGGAAAGACGUGUGAAUGGUGCGUGAUGGAAUUAGAAGUCGAAGAAUUUUGUUUCAAGUCAAUGGU